GGCCACCUUCUUCUGUACUUCACCUGCUCGCCGUCGUCGUGACUCUGCUGCAACGGCUUUCCUCUCCGGCGCCGUCGUGGUGCCUUUCUCCGGCGCCGGCGCGCCACCAUGGGAACCGUCGAUGAGGGGGACGCGAUGGAGGUGGCGGCGGCAAGCGGGUGGCCCGGUUCCUCCCGCCGGAUCCACCUCCUCCAGUUCCUCCUCCACGCCUCCAAGCGGCUCGACCUCCGGCCCAUCGUCAAGUACUCCGCGCUCGAGUUCUUCGACGCGCGCUUCCUCCCCGCGCUCCCGAGGAAGAUGGGGUUCUGCGGCGCACGAAGCGGCCGAGCCGUCAGGUCCUGGCUGGUCGAGCCCCUCAGGGACAGCAAUCUGCAGCUCUUCGCCCUCGUCGCCGUGUGGAUCGCCAGUAAGAUCCAUGAGAUGAGACCGCUGGCAGUGAAGAGCCUCAAGGCGCUCAGCGACCGCAUCAUCGCCGACCAGCAUUUCACAUGCCGCGAUUUUGCUGACGCCGAGCUGGUGUUCAUGGAGGUACAGCUUCAGCGGUAUUGGAUUACAACAUUGGAUGCACAAACAUUGCUUUCAUACACUUGGAAGAGCUCCUCAUUCAGUUCAGGGAAAUAUCAAGUUAGGUGAUCUUGUAAAUAUGGAUGUGUGCAUGGAAAUCUUGGAUAUUCUGUAUGAGGCUGAAGAUACCUCAUGGCUUUUUAACUUUGCCUGUCCACUUGCUGCUUCGACUCUUGUUACUGCAUACGUUAUCUCAGUUCCUAAGCAGAAAUGGGAGUUUCCAAUAAUUCCCUGGGUCCAGUUCACUACUUCCUAUGCUGAAGAAGAGAUCUUGAAGAUUGUUAUGGCAAUUCUCAUGCAUGUGAUCAAACCGGAUGAAAUCAAAGAGAAGAACAAGAGAGAUUUCAGUAUGUGAGGCUUAUGCAUUGGUGAUGUGUACAACACAAGUGGCAGUGUCCAAAUUUUACCAAUGUAAGUACUAACGACGUACAACCAAGUACUUCUGUAGAACAUAGUGCAGCUUGUUUGUAUCUGAUCAUUUCUGAAUUGCGAUUUCCAAAAUAUGCCGAGUAGUGAUGCUUGCUAAUUAAUUAUGUAAAAUGUGGCGAAAGUAGUGGUGCCACAUUAUUACAUGACAAUUGAGCUGAGAUGAUUGAUGCACUGAUGCUGGAUCUGUCCUGAGCUUGCCAAUGCAAUGAUAUCCCCUCAUUUCCAUGUGGCA